CAAAGGCAUAGAGGUCUUUCUGCACAAAACGGAUCUCUCUUUCGUCUUCUCUGGUCCGAGUCGUGGUUUUAGCCCGAUACUUGUCAGAUCUGCUGGAGAUUCUCGAUUGUCUUGUACGAGGAAGACGAUUCGUUUGAUUAACUCCUGUAUUGUAUUGUAUAUCCGCUUUGUGCUUCGUAGACGCAGCGUCAUACGAGAUCUAGUGCUGGGGAAGCUUUGACGGUGGCUGGACUUUUCUCUUCUUUCUUCGCCAAUGCGUCUUUCUGAUAGCUGAAGAAGACAUUGUUGUGCUUCUGCAAUUCAUGCAAGUAUUCACUCUUUUGCCGCCAUUGACAAUUUUUGAAGGUCGUGUUGAGUUGUUUAGUUCCCUUUGAGCAACUUUUGCUUCUUCUUCAAGUAGGCUUUGAGUAUAGCAGAUUGAGGUGUAUGUAGGCAAGAAACAUGGUUUUUGGUAGGAUCACUGAACUUUUCACUGCUGCAUCGAGUCGAUUUUCAACGAGUACACAACCUUCUGUUCCAUAUAUGCCUACUGGUUCAUCGCCGGAUGUAGGAACAUCAGUGCCAGAUUCCAUCAGUUCUGGAAAUGGUGGACGAAAGAAUAGUUUGAGACACUCAGCGUCUCUCCAAGAUUUCUCUUCGUAUCAUGGUUUUGAUCCUGAAGAAUCCUUUCUUGCUCGGGAAAAUAUAUCAUGGGGACAAAAUGGAUCUAGUUUCUCCAAGGAAAAGGGAGGUGUGGCGAAUGGGAACAACACAUCUAUUCGCCGUAAAUUGAUCCGUGCGGUUAUGAUCGUUUUGUGCCUGUUUCUGUUUGCUUUUCUGGUGUAUGUAGUCUCCAUGUAUAUUUAUACGAAUUGGUCCCGGGGUGCAGCAAGAUACUAUGUUGUGUUUGACUGCGGAAGCACGGGGACUCGUGCAUAUGUUUAUCAGGCAUCGAUAAAUUACAAGAAAGAUAGUAGUCUCCCGAUUGUUAUGAAAUCUUUGACAGAAGGUAUCUCUAGAAAGAGUAGUGGCCGUGCUUAUGAUCGUAUGGAGACAGAACCUGGGUUUGAUAAGCUUGUAAACAACAGAUCAGGCUUGAAAACUGCCAUAAAACCCCUUAUUCAGUGGGCAGAGAAGCAAAUCCCCAAGCAUGCUCAUAGAAGGACAUCUCUCUUCGUUUAUGCAACAGCGGGGGUUAGGAGGCUCCGUGCUUCUGAUUCAAGCUGGCUUUUAGGUAAUGUGUGGUCGAUACUGGCGAAGUCGCCCUUCACUUGCCGGAGGGAGUGGGUUAAGAUCAUUAGUGGUACAGAGGAAGCUUAUUUUGGAUGGACCGCUCUUAAUUACCAAACAAGCAUGUUGGGAGCCCUACCGAAGAAGGCAACAUUUGGUGCACUUGACUUAGGUGGCUCAUCAUUGCAGGUAACCUUUGAGAAUGAGGAGCGAACGCAUAAUGAGACCAACCUAAAUCUCAGAAUUGGGUCCGUUAACCAUCAUCUUAGUGCAUAUUCUCUCGCGGGAUAUGGUCUUAACGAUGCGUUUGAAAGGUCUGUUGUUCAUCUUCUAAAGAGGCUACCAAAUGUCAAUAAAUCUGAUCUGAUUGAAGGAAAGCUGGAAAUGAAACAUCCUUGCUUGAAUUCUGGGUACGAAGGACAGUACAUAUGUUCUCAGUGUGCUUCCAGUGUCCAAGGGGGUAAAAAAAGGAAGUCAGGAGUUCCUAUCAAGCUCGUUGGUGCUCCAAAUUGGGGAGAGUGCAGUGCACUGGCAAAAAAUGCUGUUAAUAGCUCUGAAUGGUCAAACACAAAACAUGGAAUCGAUUGUGAUUUGCAGCCUUGCGCUCUUCCUGAUGGUUACCCUCGUCCUCAUGGCCAGUUCUAUGCUGUAUCCGGAUUCUUCGUCGUGUACCGCUUUUUCAAUUUAAGUGCUGAAGCUUCCCUCGAUGAUGUCUUGGAAAAGGGUAGGGAGUUUUGUGAAAAGGCAUGGCAAGUAGCCAGAACCAGUGUUUCUCCACAACCCUUCAUUGAACAGUACUGCUUUAGAGCGCCAUAUAUAGUCUCCCUGUUACGAGAAGGUUUAUAUAUUACAGAUAAGCAGAUCAUAAUUGGGUCUGGAAGUAUAACUUGGACACUCGGAGUAGCUCUUCUGGAAGCAGGGAAGGCUCUAUCUUCUACAUUGGGACUAAAGAGCUAUGAGACUCUCAGCAUGAAGAUAAACCCAAUAGCGCUUAUAUCUGUUUUGCUCGUCUCACUGCUUCUGCUUCUCUGUGCACUAUCACGCGUCAGCAGUUGUAUGCCAAGAUUCUUUAGAAAGUCCUAUCUCCCACUUUUUAGACACAAUAGCGCCUCAGCUUCAUCUGUUCUUAACAUUCCGUCUCCCUUCAGAUUCCAGCGAUGGAGUCCUAUGAGUACAGGGGUAAAGACACCGUUGAGUCCAACAGUCAGGGGAUCACCGCGUAGGCCAUUUAGUUUUGGAAGCAGCAUACAGCUUAUGGAAUCUUCACUGUACUCAUCGAGUAGCUGCGUUAUGCAUAGUUAUUCUUCUGAUAGCUUAGGGGAAAUGCAAGUUGACAGCACUAGUUCCUUCUGGUCCUCCCCUCGCAGGAGUCAAAUGCGUCUCCAAAGCCGGAGAUCACAAUCCCGAGAAGAUCUUAGUUCGUCGCUCGCUGAUGCACACAUGCUCAAGAUGUAGGAGAAGACUUUUUUUGACCCCGGUCCAAGUUCUCGCCAUCGCACAGUUUCCCAGUUUUGAGCAGCUAGAAAGAGAAGAGUUGAUUCCGUUUCAGACAGAUUGGUUUAUGUUUCAAGCCUAGACCAAACCCUUGUAAGUGCUCAUUUUCUACUCCCUGAUUCUAUCAUCAUAUCUAAAGGAAGACAAAAUUAGAAUCUGUUAUUUGUUUGGACUUCAUUUCAACAAGAUUCGGGGCUAAAGGUGUCUUUUCCUUUACCAUGAAAAUAUUCAAUCACAACAUUGUCCUUAGAUUGUAGAGCUCAAAAUUCCUCUGGGGACCAUCGUGUGUGGUUGGCAUUUUGAUACCAUAGUAACUAUCACCUGAACAAUAUCUUGCUAUGGAUCACAUUUUCAAAUAUAUGGUUUAGAUUUUUGCAUAUUUUUUAUCAAUCUGUUAGUUGAAUCCAUAGAUUGAUUU